AACAAACCGACGAAGAAGAAGAAGAAGACCAAACAACCAUCAACAAGACCUGGGAAAGUUUCGCAGCGCUGCCCGUCACUUCGGCUCGAUCGCUUCAGUCAGAGGCACCAUGGGAGGCUCACCGGGGAGAAACGCUUCGUGUAUACUGCUCUUCAUCGUGCUCCUGGCAGGGGAACAUUUCCGAUGCGUCGAAGCCGAGCACUGCGUGUGGUACGGCGAGUGUGGGAAGGUUGAAAAGCAUCCUGAAAAAAAGUACAACUGCAACUACACCGGCCCUCCUAAUCCGUUACCCUCUGAGGGUUAUGACCUUCUCACGGAGCUUUGUCCUGGAUAUGACUAUGGAAACCGAAGCCUCUGCUGUGAUGUUGACCAGUUGAACACUCUCAAAGGAAGUCUACAGCUGCCCCUUCAGUUCCUGUCUCGGUGUCCGGCCUGUUUCUUCAAUCUGAUGAAUCUCUUCUGUGAGCUGACAUGCAGCCCACACCAGAGUCAGUUCAUGAAUGCCACCAAGGUUGACACGUCCAAUGUGCUUGAAGUGCAGUACUAUAUUGGAAAGACAUUUGCGAACGCCAUGUACAACGCCUGUAGCGACGUCCAGGCACCCUCCAGCAAUGUAAAGGCCUUAUCGCUGCUGUGUGGGAAGGAGGCAAAGGACUGCAAUGCCACUAACUGGAUCCAGUAUAUGUUCAGUAUCAGCAACGGACAGACUCCCUUUCCCAUCAUUCCGAUAUUCUCAGAUGUCCCAGUGUCUGGAUACACCCCCAUGAACAACCAGACUUUUGCCUGCACAGAGGGUUUGGAGGACGGCUCAGGUUCCUGCUCCUGUCAGGACUGCGCAAAGGCUUGCGGCCCCAAACCUGUACCUCCCCCUCUCCCCCCUCCCUGGACAAUCCUUGGCAUGGAUGCCAUGACCGUCAUCAUGUGGAUCUCUUACAUGGCGUUCCUGCUUAUCUUUAUUGGAGCUGUACUGGGAGCUUGGUGUUACAGGAAACGGACCAUCAUGUCCGAGUAUGGCCCCAUAUUGGACAGCAAUAACCCAUUGUCUAUCAACAGCAAUAACCCUGACCAAGCAAAUGCAUCCUGCUGUGAAACAAUGGGUGAACGCUUCGAGAAUUCUCUGCGGAUCCUCUUUAGCUCUUGGGGCUCCUUCUGUGUGCGGUAUCCCUUUUCUGUCAUCCUGGGCAGCCUGAUACUGGUGUCCGUAUCCUCUGCGGGCCUGAUCUAUAUGCGCAUCACUACAGACCCUGUCGAGCUGUGGUCAUCGCCCACGAGUCGGGCUCGCCAAGAGAAAGACUAUUUUGACAGCCACUUUGGACCUUUCUUCAGAACUGUGCAGCUCAUUAUAACCACUCCACUGAAUGAAUCCUCCAUAUACAGUCCAUACUUUGGAGGAUCAGACGUCCCAUUUGGAGCCAUUCUAGACAAAGACAUACUGCACCAGGUGCUGGAUCUGCAGCUUGACAUCGAAGCCAUUGUAGCCACAUACAAGGGUGAAAAAGUCACCCUGGAGGACAUCUGCUUGGCUCCACUGGCCCCGUACAAUAACAACUGUACCAUCUUGAGUGUCCUCAAUUACUUCCAGAACAGCCACGCUGUGUUGGACCACAGCAUAGGAGACGACUUCUAUGUCUAUGCUGACUAUCACAGCCACUUCCUCUAUUGUGUCAGUUCACCAGCAUCCCUUAAUGACACCACUCUCCUCCACGACCCCUGUUUAGGCACCUUUGGUGGCCCCGUCUUCCCUUGGCUGGCCAUGGGAGGUUAUGACGGAACCAAUUACAACAACGCCACUGCGCUAGUGAUCACCUUUCCGCUCAACAACUACCUAAACGACACCGACAAGAGGGAAAAAGCUAAAGCAUGGGAGGCAGAAUUUAUCGAAUUCAUGAAGAACUUCAGCAACCCCAACCUGACCAUAGCAUUCAGUGCAGAGAGGAGCAUUGAAGACGAAAUAACAAGAGAAAGCAACAGUGACAUCAGCACCAUCGUAGUCAGCUACGCCAUCAUGUUCAUUUACAUCUCCCUUGCCCUGGGUCACAUCCAAAGCUUCAGGAGGCUGUUGGUGGACUCCAAGAUUUCUCUGGGUAUAGCGGGGAUAGUGAUUGUGCUCAGCUCUGUGGCCUCCUCACUGGGGAUCUUCAGCUAUUUUGAUAUCCCCUUCACCCUCAUUGUCAUUGAAGUCAUCCCUUUCCUCGUGUUGGCUGUUGGAGUAGACAACAUCUUUAUUAUCGUACAGACAUAUCAGAGGGAUGAGCGGUUGCCCCAGGAGGAGCUCCAUCAGCAGAUUGGUCGUAUUCUUGGAGAUGUAGCCCCGAGCAUGUUCCUCUCUUCCUUCUCCGAGACAGUGGCCUUCUUCCUGGGAGCCCUGUCCAACAUGCCUGCAGUGAGGACAUUCUCCCUGUUUGCUGGCUUGGCUAUUUUUAUUGAUUUCCUGUUGCAGAUCAGCUGCUUUGUCAGCUUGCUCGGGCUGGACGCCAGAAGACAGGAGGGGAAUCGACUCGACAUAAUCUGCUGUGUGAAGCUACCAGAAGGUCAGGAAGUAAAGACGGAUAGCUUCCUCUUCCGUUUUUUCAAGAAAGUCUAUGCCCCGUUCAUCCUGAAAGAGUGGGUGCGACCGAUCAUAGUGGCAGUGUUUGUGGGAAUGCUCUCCUUCAGUAUUGCUGUUGUGAAUAAAGUAGAGAUCGGACUGGACCAGAAACUCUCCAUGCCUGAUGACUCAUACGUGCUGGACUACUUUACGAACUUGACAGAGUAUCUCCACACUGGAGCUCCAGUGUACUUUGUGGUAGAGGACGGUCUCAACUACAGUAGUACAGAAGGCCAGAACAGUGUGUGUGGAGGAGUGGGCUGCAACAAUGACUCUCUAGUCCAGCAGGUCUACAGCGCCUCACUCAUCAGCAAUUACACAACCAUUGCCUUCACACCGUCCUCCUGGCUUGAUGACUACUUUGACUGGGUGAAGCCUCGGUCCACCUGCUGUCGAUACUACAACAGCACUGGGACUUUCUGCAAUGCCUCAGUGGUAAAUUCCUCCUGUGUACACUGUCGGCCCAUGACUCCCAGUGGAAAGCAGAGGCCAGUAGGAGACGACUUCAUGCGGUUUCUGCCCAUGUUCCUGUCAGACAAUCCCAACAUCAAGUGUGGAAAAGGAGGUCACGCAGCUUACGCCACAGCAGUUGACUUGUAUUCCAACAACACAGGGGUUGGAGCCACUUACUUCAUGACUUACCACACCAUCAUGAAAGAAUCCCCAGACUACAUAAACGCUUUAAAAAUGGCCCGAGAGCUGGCUGACAAUAUCACUCAGUCUGUGAACCACAAAGUUUUUGCCUACAGCGUGUUCUACGUAUUUUACGAGCAGUACCUCACCAUUGCGUAUGACACGGCUCUGAACCUGUGUGUGUCACUGGCAUCCAUCUUUGUGGUCACGACUGUACUUCUGGGCUUCGAGCUGUGGUCAGCUGCGCUCGUCAGCAUUACCAUCGCCAUGAUCCUGGUUAACAUGUUUGGCGUCAUGUGGCUGUGGAACAUCAGCCUCAACGCAGUAUCCCUGGUGAACCUGGUCAUGAGCUGUGGUAUCUCGGUGGAGUUCUGCAGUCAUAUCGUGCGAGCUUUUUCCAUCAGUGUAAAGAAGAACAGAGUGGAGAGGGCUGAGGAAGCCCUGGCUCACAUGGGCAGCUCUGUAUUCAGCGGCAUCACAUUAACAAAAUUCGGAGGUAUAAUAAUCCUGGCCCUUUCCAAGUCUCAGAUCUUCCAGGUCUUCUACUUUAGGAUGUACUUGGCCAUAGUGUUGCUGGGGGCGUCACAUGGCCUCAUCUUCCUCCCUGUACUGCUCAGUUAUAUCGGUCCUUCAGUGAACAAAGCGAAGGUGUUUGCUGCUAACCAGCGCUAUGUUGGUACAGAAAGAGAGCGCCUCCUCAACUACUAGCAGGCCGUUUGGGACAAUGAACAAUGAACUAACAAUUUGUCUGGGGAGAGACUGUGUGGGUGUGAGCGCAAGCCGUUUCUGUGAUUACUGACGCACUCAUCGUUGCCACUACUAUGCAUGGAUUUAACUCAGGAAUAUAAUUGUGAAGGGGAGUGUCCAACUGCAUUGAUUUUUACCUCGGAAUAUUUUGGAAUCCCACCCUUCCUUCUCCUCCUCCUCAUCCUCCGCCUCACACUACAAGACAAGCCUGACUUCAGUACGUGAAGCAUGAGCGACGUAACAGAAAACGCCACUUUGACUGUGUGGAAGUAGGAGAGACAACAACACCAACAUCAGUUGACAGACAAAGUCUCCGUCAGUUCCAUAUGCUGUGAGCUAUUUUGAUUUGGGGAAACCCCAAAAGGAUAAAACUGGUCAGUUUUUUCAUGUUUUUAAAAAACAUAUAUAUAUAUGGGGGGCCGGGGGCAAUGUGGAAACGUUUACUUAAGAGGGACAUUUGUAAAACUAUUUAAUAUUAUGAAUCAUUUACUCACUGGCACACCACACAAACUGGAGGCAAUGGAUAAUAUAAUAAUAACAGAGGCCCUCAUAUCACCUGGCAUCAACAUGUAUCACAUCUGGGUCUGUAUACUUCAUAUUACAGCAGGCUAGCUAGUCGUAGCAUUUUCACCUUGCAAUAACGUGCUUCCGAUGCAGCUUUUAAGUAUUUGACCAGUUAUCUUUUGACUCCAGCAAACGGGAUUUGAAAUAACUUUGAACCUCCUUACCUCACCUUGAGCUUAAGUUUCAGUUUAAAGUGUUUUGGGGCAUGUUUACAUCCACGAGCAGUGGAUGUUGGGGGAGCAGUGUCACAAAUUGUAGCGCCCUUUACAUUAAAAAAAAAGCUUACAGAUUCUACAUGAGUGAGGGUAAACACCCUCAAAGCUAUACGCACAUUUUAAAGUCAACGGAGCUACAAUAUAACAAUCCAAGUACUUCGUACUGACUCUCCGGUGCACGUCGCUCUCCUGCCCCAUCUUUCAUGUCCACAUCAGUACUGAUCCAUGAUCUGGUGCAACAUUUCAUUUUAGAUACUAGUUAGAGUAUCAGAAGUGUCCUUUUGAAGUGUUUGCAGGACUAGAUGUUUUUUUUUAUUUUUAAUAAACGAGUUUGUAACAUCAGUGAAGAUACAUGUUGAUGCCAGGUGUAAAGUGUGUGUACAAUGGUUUUAUAUUGAAGUGUAAAUACGACACUCUGCAGUUACUGAAUGAAAUUUUUGUUGCAUCAAGAAGUGAAGAGACAAAGCUUUAUAAUUAACUUUAAAUAGCGCACACAGGAAUUAUUCCUUUUGUUAUCUAUGUUGAUACAGAAUACUGUAAAAUGAUUGGAUAAUUUGGAUAAUGGUACAGUCCUCAGUUUUCAUUCCUACAGUAAUUAUUUUUAUUUUAACUAUUAACAUUUUGUUACCAUGCAGUUGUCUUAAAAAGCUCCUUUUUCAAAGAAAUCAUUUUGUUUUUAAAGGGACAAAAAAACAAACUUUUUGUGGCUAAUUAGAAAAUAACUCAACAUCCCAGGACUGUGUUCACUUUGCACCACCUUCGCCUCAACGUGUCUGAGAUUGUAACUCGAGGUGUUGUGUUCCCACUAGUUUGACUGAAUAAGAUCGUGACAUAACUGGAAGAGGACGUUAACAUUUUACCCAGGGUGUAAAAGAUCUGCUCAGCCCUUUUUUAAAGUAACAGCAACAUUCCUUGUUUUUUGUUUUUUUGUUUGUUUUCCACGAUGCGGUAAUGUUUUUUUGGGUGUAAGAAAUUAUCAUGUCGAUGAAGUUUAAAUGCGGAUGUGAAAAAUGUUUGAACAACUAACUGAAAAGGUUGUAACAUGAAUAACGAAGUGCUUUUGAACAGUGCUGUGCAUUGACAUGGACAAAUCAUCUCUGAUACUGAAGAAUAUGAUUGUGGAAAAGGAGACCAAUUUUUUUUUAGUUUUUAACUAUUUUAACACAUAUUAAAUAUUUCUCAGAAAAGUA